AGUUAAUCAUUUAGAAGCAGAUUAAUUUGUUUUCGAGGAGAACAAUAGACGAAGGAGAUUAAGUUCAAGCACUCAACAGACAGGAGAGAUCUUAAUCAACGGUCGCAAACAACCACUUUCUUUCGGAACUUCAGUAAGCCCAGCCGAUAGAUGUGGUGCUGCAUUGAAUUUCAAUCAGGAGAUUUCCUUGCCAAAUCGUAGUUUAUACAGAUCGUUCUUAAUAUGAGAGAAGCUGUGUACUACUCGGCUCGGCUCCAAUUGCCGGAAUCCAUGUCGAAAUCGGAGAAGAAGGAGAGAGCCGAGGCGACGAUUAAAGAGAUGGGACUGCAAGAUGCGAGAGAUACUAGGAUAGGCGGGGCGAGCGCCAAGGGCCUCAGUGGUGGCCAAAAAAGGAGGGUGAGCAUUUGCAUCGAGAUCCUUACACGCCCGAAGCUCCUCUUCCUCGACGAGCCGACCAGCGGGCUCGACAGCGCCGCGUCAUACCAUGUGAUGAAUCGCAUCGCCAAGCUAGCCCGUCAUGACCGGAGGACGGUGAUCGCCUCGAUUCAUCAGCCUAGCAGUGAAGUCUUUUUGAGCUUUUCCACAAUCUCUGCCUUCUUUCUUAUGGGAAAACAGUCUAUUUUGGCCUCAGAUCAGAGGCAGAACAGUUUUUUGCAUCAAAUGGUUUCCCAUGUCCAACUCUUAGAAAUCCUGUCUGAUCACUACCUCCGGACGAUUAACAAGGACUUUGACGCCGACAUUGAACAAGGAGGCAAUGGCAUGAAUGCUGAAGAAGCCAUUGACACUCUGGUCAAAUCUUAUUUGUCAUCUCUCGUGUGUCACUAAGUUCAGCAGCAAGUAUCCACUCCAGGAUAUCCGAAAAGACUGUUGGAGGAUAUAUGGAAAGAAAUGGAAGUCAAGCAAGCUUCAUUACCCAGAGCCUUGUUCUAACUAAGCGAUCGUUUGUGAACAUGUAUCGCGACUUGGGGUACUACUGGCUUCGUUUAGCAAUCUAUGUUGCAUUGUGUCUGUGUGUUGGGACUAUCUUCUAUGACAUCGGAUCCACCAAUGAUCAGAAGAAAUGGUUAGGAAAAUGUUCAUUGCUUGCAAAAAGCAAAAAUUCAUAACAUAGUAGUCCAAUAGCACAAGCACCUGUUCUGCCCCUGAUCUAAGGCCAAAAUAGACUGUUUUCCCAGAAGAAAGAAGGCAGAGAUUGUGGAAAAGCUCAAAGAGACUUCACUGCUAGGCUGAUGAAUCGAGGCGAUCACCGUCCUCCGGUCACGACGGGCUAGCUUGGCAAUGCGGUUCAUCACAUGGUAUGACGCGGCGCUGUUGAGCCCGCUGGUCGGCUCGUUGAGGAAGAGGAGCUUCGGGCGCAUCAGGAUCUCCAUGCAAAUGCUCACCCUCCUCUUUUGGCCACCACUGAGGCCCUUGGUGCUCCCCCCCCCCCGCCUAUCCUAGUAUCUCUCGCAUCUUGCAAUCCCAUCUCUCUAAUCGUCGCCUCGGCUCUCUCCUUCUUCUCCGAUUUCGACAUGGAUUCCGGCAAUUGGAGCUGAGCCGAGUAGUACACGGUUUCUCUCACUGUUAAAGUUGUUAUUAGUGUGUCAUCCUGAGUCACAUAUGCCUAUACCAAAACCAAAACAAAAACAAAAAGUGAAUAAAGUGAAGAACGAUUUGUAUAAA